CUAUCAUGAACAAAAAUGGCUGCUGACAGCCACCUGACUGAACGCGCUGCAGGUCAUAUACGGAGUCACUAUAUAACAAAAAAAUCGCUGAAAUCGAGCCCGCCGUCGCCUACGGAACUUCAACUCGCUCACUCGCGCACACACGCCGACACUGAAGCAGACGAGAUGAAGUUGCUGCUGCCGCUUGCUGCUGCUUUUCUGGCCGUGGCCGGCAGCGCCAGCGUCUCUCUGGAGGAUCUGGAGUUCCACGCUUGGAAGCUCAAGUUUGGGAAGUUCUACAGCUCCCCGUCGGAGGAGUCCCAACGCAAGACCAUCUGGAUGAGCAACCGUCGACUGGUCCUUGUGCACAACAUCAUGGCCGAUCAGGGCAUCAAGUCCUACCGCCUUGGCAUGACCUUCUUUGCCGAUCUGGAAAACGAGGAGUACAAGCAGAUGGUUUCCCACAGAUGUCUCCGGCACUUCAACACGUCCACACCUCGGGGCGGUUCCACAUUCCUGCCACUGCCCCUCGGAGCUGACCUUCCACAGACUGUGGACUGGAGGAAAAAGGGAUACGUCACUAAGGUCAAGGAUCAGAAGCAGUGCGGCUCUUGCUGGGCCUUCAGCACAACGGGGUCUUUGGAGGGUCAGACCUUCAGGAAGACGGGCAAGCUGGUGUCUCUGAGCGAGCAGCAGUUGGUCGACUGCUCCGGCGAGUUUGGCAACAUGGGAUGCAACGGAGGCCUCAUGGACGACGCUUUCCGCUACAUCCAGAGUAACGGGGGAAUUGACACGGAGGAGUCGUACCCUUACGAGGCUGAGAACGGAAAGUGUCGCUACAACCCAGCCAACAUCGGCGCCACAUGCACGGGUUACGUCGAUGUGAAAAGUGGCGACGAAGGCGCGUUGAAGGAAGCCGUGGCGACAGUCGGCCCCGUGUCGAUCGCGAUUGAUGCGUCGCAUGAAUCGUUCCAGUUUUAUGAAUCAGGCGUGUAUGACGAGCCAGAGUGCAGCAGCACUGAGUUAGAUCACGGAGUCCUGGCUGUAGGUUACGGCACUGACAACGGACGCGACUACUGGCUGGUCAAGAACAGCUGGGGUCAACAGUGGGGAGACAAGGGCUACAUCAUGAUGAGCAGGAACAAACGCAACCAGUGUGGAAUCGCGACCUCUGCGAGCUACCCGUUAGUGUGAGCGGGUCUGGAGGAAAAACCAAUCCCCUUUCGUCUCCUUCUCUCAGGUUGCACACAAUUCAGAUUUUCUAUAGGAUGAGGGGAAAACUGUGCCAUUAAACAUCAUUAAUCUUGA